GUACGAGAAAUUAGACAGUUAUUGUAAAAUUGUCAAUUGAGUAGAGUGCAGAAGACAGAUACAGUAAAAUUAAGAACUGAAGAGAAGAGGCCCCUUUGCAAAACUAUCUGUAAUAUCAUUUUCCAUUUUUAAAUCAAUGUAUAGCCGAAGACUUCUGAAGAUAAGCUGUACCUCGUAUUUCUGAUCAAUAAGACCUCCUGAAAAUAUAUGUUAACCCGAAGGCUUUCUGGGGCAAAAUUCCGUCCAAAUAGAGGUAGAAUAUUGAGUGAAUUGUUUGAUCUGAGGUGCAUCUGUUAGCAUGUAGCGGUGCCUUAUUAAAACUGCACUCUUUAAGCAAUUCUCUCUCAAUCGUUUGCUUGUAGAAGCAUAAAAAAAAAUCCAUGUACUUUAUUAGGACAUGGAACUUUUAAAGGAGACCGGCCAAUCGCGGCCUUGAAAAGAAAAGUUGUACUUGGUGUAAAAGAGUACUGUGAACGUUUGAACCUAAUUUCUAAGAAAACAGAAAACACUACCAAGUUAUACCCAACAACGUUCGCUAAUAUUUCCAUCAAAUGCUAAAAAAUCGCGACAGAAAUACUCACAGAAUUCUCUUGAUUUGAAUCCGCCAUAUUUUGGUCUCUGCACUGGAUCUCUUUUCUUCUUUGUUACUGCUUGGCAACCACAUAAACUCUUUACCAGUUUCUUUCGUUCGAGUACAUCCGGGAGGACUGGGCAAACAGUUUGCCAGCGGUUGGUUGAUCAUGAUGUUUAGGCGCGAAUUUUGUAAAUCUUUUGGCGCGCUGUCCUCACUAACGAAAGCCUCAUCAACGACGAUUUGCAAACCACAAGCUACAAAAACUUGUAAAAUGUCUUUGGUAACAAUCCCAGGGAUGGACGUCCACAGUGUUAUGAAUUUAAGAGGUCAAAUUCAGGUCAUCUUCGGACCAAUGUUUUCGGGAAAAACAACUGAGCUGCUCAGAAGAAUCAAGCGGUACCAAGUAGCCAACCAUUCCUGUAUGGUGAUUAAAUACGAGAAAGAUAACCGCUACGACAUGGACGGUGUAGCAACACACGAUAGACAAACGCUUAGAGCCUCUGCUUGCUCAGUGUUAGAUCACAUUAAGAGUAAAGCUAUGGAUUAUUCUGUUUUAGGAAUUGAUGAAGGCCAGUUUUUUCCAGAUGUUGUGGAGUUUUCAGAAGAAAUGGCUGGUCUUGGGAAAACUGUAAUAAUUGCUGCGUUAGAUGGAACAUUUCAAAGAAGAGCCUUUGGCAGGGUACUGGAUCUUGUUCCCCUAGCAGAAAGUGUUGUCAAACUUAAUGCAGUUUGCAUGCAUUGCUUUAAAGAUGCUGCAUUUACAAAAAGAUUGGGUGAGGAGAAAAAGGUUGAGGUCAUAGGCGGAGCUGAUAAAUACAUGGCUGUCUGCCGAGACUGUUAUAAUUUCUCAUCUGUUCAUAGCGUACUAGCUGGUGCUCCAAUCAAAAACGGCUUUCAUUAGAUCUUAUAAUUAUUAAUGUAGCAACUCUCUCAGGAAGCAUUUAAUGAGACAUUUUAAUCUUAACAUUGAAAUCUUUUACGGUCAUUUUCUAUUAAAACUCUCAAAGUUAUACACUUGCUUUUUUCAUACACAAAUGCAAGAAAAAAAAUUAUAAUUUUUAGAGAUUUCUGCAAAGUUAACUUGAAAAUCUUGCAUUACUGCUAAGCAGUAGAAGUUUAAAUAUUAUUGCAGUUUUAUACCACUACACAGUCAAGGCAAACAGUGCUACACAGUGGUUUUUAACCACAAGUAUACAUUCCAGGACAUUUAUAGUUUUACUGUUGAUUUCUUCAUAUUGUUACAGAGAUUUACUGCUGGGCUUUUUUAAAUAAUGUUCUGAUUGUGUUAGCUUAGAUUGGUCUAUUCUUGUACUUAAUUGAACUGUUAUUCCUGGGAAGGCUUUAAGGGAAAUCAUACAUACGCGUUAAUAAAAUUCAGUGGAAGCAUCAUAGGACUCACUGGAGGCAAUUGAAAUCGACAAAAUGAAUUUACCAAUCCUUGUGCCAUCAAAUACCUUACAUCGGACCUGAAAGAGCACCGCAACAUUUUGACGUGACCCUUAUUUGAAGGUGGCACUUAACAAGAACUUAUUAAAGGAGAAGGUCACUCCAAAAAACAUAUAUUUUUUGUUAACGCUAAUAAAAACCUCACACUAAGUUUAGCCA